UUUUUCAUUCUUUGGGAGCAAAAUAAUAAGACCUUUUUCAACAGUAGGAGACACAAUAAGUCAGCUGUGACCCAAAUUUUACUGGACCAGAGUAGAAACUGGGAACCAAAAGCAGAGGGCUUUAAAACAGCGAUCAAUGCUCAGACAUUUCAACUUAAAAUUCUCUCCUUUUCAGCUUUUCUUUUUCUGUUGUUUUCUCUCUCUUUACACACACACUGAUGAUCCUGUCGCCAGCUUUGUGUCCUAUGUUGAUGUUUAUGACUAAAAAAAGCCCCGAGGCCCAGUCACAUGGUCUCUAACACCCCAACCCCACCUCCACCUUCUCUCUCUCUCUCUCUCUCUCUCUCUCUCUCUCCUCAGCACGCGCUUGUGCUGAGAGGCCUGAGAGCAGCAUAAAACUUGAGACAUAAAUCAGGCUCCCAUAAAUAAUGGCCGUACUUCCCUUUACAUCUCCGUUGGACUAACAGACAAUAAAAACACCAAUAAGCAGAGAUUGGAUCUAAUUUAUUGCCUCAUAAAAACAGACGGAGAGCUCGGCUCGGCUUCAGCAACGCACUCACAGCUGAAAACACCACAGCUAUUACUGUAGAACACGCUCACAGCAGGUACACAGGCUGAUCUGGAGUCAGAAAUUACAAGUGCAAUUUCAUAAGGUUACGAUUUUUAGGUGUGCUAAGCAGGAAAUGUGUCCAAAAGGUACCAGUCAGAUGUGAACACGUCUUGUUUUAUCAUGCAGUUAUAUUAAUAACAAUACUAAUGAAUGUACUAAUAGAACAAUUCUGGUCAUUUUUACAUUUUUACUCUAAAAAGAAAGAGGAACCAUAAUUCAUGAAAGGUUGAUUCUAAGGCUUUUUUACUGUCUUACCGGAAAGAGGUCUUGGACCAAUUAAAAUAUUAAAUACCAGUAAUUAGUAUUUAUUAAAAUGAAAUACAAAUGAAACGCAGUCAAAGUACAAUCAAUUGAUUUACCCCCAGUUAACCCCAAAAACAAACAAACAAAAAACCUGAUAGCAAAAUAGAAUAAAAUAAGUCAGUCGACCAAUCCACACGUCCCAUGUUAUGACGAGCAUAAAACAGAAAAAAAAACUCUCCAACAAAACUUCCAAAACUGCUCCGAAAUUUACCAAAAAACAAGAAUUAAAAAAAAAUCCUGACAUAAUUAAAGCGAGAUGGAGAAAAUAGGUGUGUUGCUGCAGCUCAGUCAGCAGAUUGUAUCUGCUGUGUUUGGGCUUGUGUCUUGGUGUGUGUGUCCGUGCAGCCUCGGCCUACUCACUGCCUGCGCUUUCUGCUACGCUCAAUGGCCCUCACUCCCACACACAUUUCUGCUUUUUUAUCUGCCUCUUUUUUUCAGAGUCAGGGAGCGAAGCCAAAUGGCAUGGGAAAGAGAGAGAGAAGGGGGUGCGAGCUAAAUAGCUUAUAUCCAUUUAUCCCUUGUAUCUGAGUCGUUUUAUUAUAUAUGUUUUCCUCAACAGAUUAAAUAUUACUGCGUGACGUUUACACAUGGGCGUAUUUUCUGUGCGUAAAACCGGUGCAAAAACAAUAAAACACGGCGAAUAGUGGAUCUAACUGAAGAGAGACAGAGAGAGUAAGACUGGAGGGUUUCUUGUUAUUUAGGGGCAGAGAGGGGCUGCUGUCAGGCUCUUUGCACGGAGAGAAAGAUUGAUCACCGCACUUUUUUUCCCACUCGGGGCUCCUCGUGCCCUCCCCAAAAUAUCCUCUGCUAAACUCUGGAGUUCCUGAUCUUUAUAAAAAUCUACAUGUGCGUCCUGUUGAGUCUGCAGGCCACUCAGCACACUCUCACUUACAAUUAUUGUUUAUAUUAUUGCUGCUGUAUUAUUAUUUUUCCUAUUAGGAGGAACAGGAGGCCUGCGCUUUGCCUCCUUUUCGGGGCGACCUCGCUGUGAACUCUCCCUCUCUCUCUCUCUCUCUUUCUCUGCGUAAACACACCGACCAUUUUUAACACACAUACAUCACACUGAGAGGGUGAGAGAGGUAGCAAACAAGAAGACAUUUGGAGCCUGUGUGCAGAGGCUAUUUUAGUGAGAUUAUAUUUAGAUAAUAUUCAGGUUCCUCUCUGUCUAUCUUACAAACACACAUGGACAAAUGCUCUAACAACUAGUGUACUAAUAAACAAACAUGAACCCAAAUACAUGAAACAAAAAGAUGUCCACUUACACACCAACAGGCUCCCUCUCUCUUCCCAGUAAAAUAUAGAUUUCUGCCUCUCUGCUCUGUGAGAAGCCAAUCUGCUUCAUCUUCACUACCUCUGAGUACAAAUGUUCAUCAUCUUCUCCUGAGCUGCUGCGCCAUUUAAACCCCUCUACAAGUUUCCUGUGUCUAAACUGGGGAUUUUCAGCCUCUGUCACACUUUAUAAGAUUAAUGAGCUGAGUGCUGUAAACAGUAGAAGCAGCCAUAUUGUAAACGGUGCUGGCCAGCUCCGUUCACCUAAUGUUAACCGUCAUUACAUCACCCAGAGGACCGAAAAAAUGUCCGAGGGAUGCUCUAUUGUUUGUGCGUAACACCGGGCCGGGAUGCGCCUGCCCGCCGCCCACACAGCGCACAUGGCGACCGUCGUUUUUUCUCCCCACACUUUCCCCCCCGUUAAGACAAAACAAUAGCAGCUACUCUGUCAUAUAGCCCCUCUUUGCCACAGCAUUUGGUGGAAAAAUAAUAAUGCUGCUUCCCACAGCCAUCGCCGCCGCCAGGCCCGGGCCGUUGAUUGGAUGAUUUGGGUCACAUGACCAGGAAUUGGCUGCAAUUUCGCCCCACAGUUCUUCAGUUUAGCCUACCCAGGUCCCCAUACGCUAGUAAUAUCACCAAUAUACACAAUUAUUAUAUAGCCACCGCAUUUACGCCAUUGCGGUCGGGAGCCUAUAUGCUCGUGCGUUUUUUCAUUUCGUUUUAUUUUUUUAAGAAGCCAUAUUGUGUCGCGUGCGUGUGCGAGCGUGCGUGUGUGUAUGUGUGUUUUUUUAUUUUUUUUAUUUUGGGGAAGGGAUUGUUCGGGGGUCUCGCCGUUUGAGGUUGAAGCCGGUUUGAGGGAGCUAUGAAUUUUGAAUUUGAGAGGGAGAUCGGUUUUAUAAACAGCCAGCCGUCCCUAGCAGAGUGCCUGACGUCCUUCCCCGCCGUCCUGGAGUCAUUUCAAACUUCAUCAAUCAAGGAGUCGACAGUAAUUCCGCCUCCCUUCGAGCACACCAUCCCCAGCCUCAGCCCCUGCACAGCCAGCCAGCCGAGACCGGCUGCUAGGAGCCAGCAGAACCGGAGAACCUCCAUCACUAAUGGCCUCCAGACGCACCACCGAGGCGCCCAGCAGCCCUGCCCGUCCGGCCAGGCCCCUGCCCCGGCCACGGCCACCCCGGCCGGUCCGCUGGCCCACGAGUUCCCCUGGAUGAAGGAGAAGAAGUCAUCGAAGAAGUGCACUAAGCCUGGGAGCAGCUCCAGUGGUGGCGGAUCCAUCCUGCCCCCUGCCUCGUCCUCCCCGUCGCCGACCGCCUCCGGGUACGCUUCGGCGGGCAUCGAGUCACCCACAGACCCGAGCCAGGCGAGUCUUGAUAGUGGAGGAGCCGGGUCCCGCCGGCUGCGCACCGCCUACACGAACACACAGCUGCUGGAGCUGGAGAAGGAGUUCCACUUCAACAAGUACCUCUGCCGGCCCAGGAGGGUGGAGAUCGCCGCCCUUUUGGAUCUGACCGAGCGGCAGGUUAAAGUUUGGUUCCAGAACCGGCGCAUGAAACACAAGCGACAGACUACGCACCACCGGGACGGCGGUGGCGGAGGAGGCCACGAAUCCGGCGACCCGGGCGGGUUUGAGCCGCUCGAAGGCGCCGAUGCCUCAUCCCCGUACUCAAGCCAGCCGUUGGAAGCGUCUGGCACAGGGGAGGCUACAUCGGACGGCGAGGCGGGGAGCUGCAAUCCAUCUUCGGCCAACGCCUACGCUAAUGACAGUGGGGAUAAUGCACAACCCACGCCGGAGAAGGGAGGCCGAUUGAGCCGUCCCGAACGCCCACCGCUACCAGGAGCAUCUGGCUCCUCUGACUCUGCUGCGGCGCACCACUCCCCGCCGGCGUUCCCCGCGACGAACUCCGCUGAUAACACGGGCCUGAUGCAGCUCAACGAGGCCGGGCCCGCAGCAGCAGCGGCGGCCGAUCCGUCAUUCUCAGAGCAGCAAGACUCCUCCAUCACCUCAGCCUCCUCCUCUGCUCCUCCUGCCGCCUCCUCAUCGGCGCUCCCCGAUCUGACCUUCUUUGCCGGGGACGCCUGCCUGUCACCCAGCCUGCAGAGUUCCCUGGACAGUCCGGUGGAUUUCUCCGAGGAGGACUUCGACCUGUUCACAAGCACACUGUGCACCAUAGACCUGCAGCACCUCAACUUCUGAGGCCGGCUGCAGAUGUGAAAGAAAAAGACGAAUAAAGAAGGAGUGGACGGACAGGCCUGUGUGGAUGAACAAUCGAGCGGAGGAGACUCGGCGAGGACUCUGUUGUUUCAAAAGCAUAAAAGCUUCUUUCAGCAACAUUCCUGAAACAAUUCUGAAAAUUAUGUUCGUUUAUAAAUAUAUAUUUUCCUCUUCUUGCUGGUUUUAUUUUGCGGCUAUAAUGUAGUUUAAGAGAGAUGCGUCUAAUUUCAUUUUAUUUUUAUUUUUAUUUCAAACAUCGAAGGGAAAUAGUUUUUGCUUUUUCCACGAUCGAAACGUUGUGGAUUUUUUCUCUCCCCUUGUUCAGGUAUUUAUUGCCUUUCUUGUUUUUCGGCCGUUUUCGUUAAAAUGAUUAACCCUUUUCAGUAUGUGUGGAUUUAUUUCCUCUAGUGCAUUCUGGUGCAGCUUCAUGGAUCCUUAAUAACUUCUCAGGAACUGUUCACGGAGUCUAGGCGCAGAUAGCUGGACUGCUUUUAGAAAAUCUCAACUUUCAUCAUUUUCUCUCUCUGAGCGAGACAAGACGAGAGAGAGAGAGAGAGAGAAGCCCUGCUGAUGACCCGAGUUUUAGACCCUAGUUUAUUUAUUGAGAUUCUUUAAUAGUGAAAAUCCAAAUUAUUUAUUGUACAUAUAUUUUCAUAGUGGAAUAAUAAUAAUAAUAAAAACACACAAACAUUUACGAUGUGGCCUAUGUCGUUUUAUUUUAGGCUAUAUGAAUGCAAGGGGACCUGAAUAUCCACAUAGUAAUUAUGUUGAGACAUGGAAUGCAGUAAAUAUAACUAAUACAUUUACCUCUAAUAAUACAGUGCAAUAUUAAAAUAAUAAAUAAAAAAAAAAACAAAAAAAAAAAACGAAAGGAGCAUUCAAUAGCAUUUUAGUAGUAGAACUAUUAAAAUUCUGACAAUAAUCUGGUUGCUGUUACUUCUACUAAUAAACAAUAUUUUUGUAUUUUUAUACUAUAUAUAAUUUCCAUAAUACACAUUGCAAUUAACCAUAAGCACAUACUUUUCUGUUUUGUUAUUUUUGCCCCUAAUUAUUAAGUUAGCCCACAGUUUGUCCUUAUAAUUAAAUAUGUGUUAUUUUAUUGUAUUCUAAUCUUGUAAUAUAUAUAUUUUAAUUUUGGCUCAUAAUUUGAACUGCUCGCAGAUUUCAAGUUUAAAUGCAUGGCUCUGUCUAGUUCUGCCACGGUAUAAAACAAACAUAUUGUAUAGCCUGAUAUAGCCUGGUAUGGCUCAGAAUGGUUCAACAUGUGUUUACACAGAGAUAACCCUGCAGACUGAGAUCUUUUCCAGAGCAGAUAAAAAGAGGAGAAACAGUCUGAGGCCACAGUAGGGUCAUUGUUUUCCCCCAUCACACAUUAGCUUAGCAUGUGUAGCCCUCUGCCUCUGGGCAGAAGCUAAUAGCAUGGGUCUCCACCAGCAGUCGUUCACCAUGUGGGGAUAGCAGAGUAACAAUGUAGCCUUGUAGCCUACUGACUGUAUGUGACCCAGAGCUAACAGUGUAGCACAUCACUCUCUAUGUAUGUAGUUUAUUAGUAUGGAGGCCAACAGUAGCCCAGCAUUGCAAAUUCUCUGCCAUAGUUAAGCCUGUGGGGUGAGUGUGGACCAAACCCCGAGUUAGCAUGGCUAACUCCCUGACAUUGGUGUGUGUGUGGAUAUGAUGCUAACUAGCUGCUCCUCCUCCUGCAGAGUCAAAAUGGCGCUGAAGACAAAGCAGGAUGUGAACAAUGAGCAGUGGCAGCCAUUACAGGAUGACUGGCUCAGUGUGACAGGCAUGGUCUCUCUGUGUGUGUGUGUGUGUGUGUGUGUGUGUGUGUGUUUAUGAGUGUCAGACUGAGAAAGAGAGAGAGAGAGAGAGAGAGAGGGAGAGAGGGAGAGAGAGAGGGAGAUGGAGAUAGUGUGUGUAUGCAUGUUUGUGUGUUUUAGGGUACAGAUUCAAGACCGGUUUAUGGUUUGUAUUUUUUCUUGUAAUAAUAAUAAUAAUAAUAAUAUCAAUGAUAAUAAUAAUAAUAAUAAUAAUGAUAAUAAUAAUAAUAAUAAGGAUUAAUAUUAUUAGGCUAUUAUUCGACUUUCUGUAACUAAGUCGACUGUAUUAAAAAAUCUGAUAUUUGCAAUAUGCACAUUGGCUGAUACCGGCAACAUAGUAAACAUCAUCAGUAUAAUGGCCUAUUACAUAAUGCUGUCUAUUGUGAAACAAACCUGAGUAAAUACUUUCCUGACCAUCAUAACAGUGAGCUAUAGUUUAAUAAACCCUGCUGAAUGUCCACCAAGCUCCAUUGCUAUCUGCCACUCCAUCAUUGUGGUAGUGAAAUGAGAACAAAUAUAUUCAAAUUCGAUAAAUUGUCUCCUUUUCCACCCUUUACCACACAUUUAUGGUGCAUUCAUAAAUGCAUGAGAUAGACCUUUUUUUCAAGCUAAAUGAGGAACUUUUAAACUGAAAGUAACACAUCCUUAAGAGUAAGUCCAAACCCAGACUAAAGAGGCUGAACUUCCAUUGGUGCUCUCUGAUUGCUUCUUUUGUUUUUUUGUCUUUUUAAUUCCACACUUCUUAUGGGCCAGCUCAAAUAUUAUAUUGCUUAGCACAUCCAUGGGAAUAAUUCAGAGACCCACUGACAUUCACUGUGUCUCUGACUGAUGAUUACAUACUUAUGUUUGAUCAAUGUAGUAAAGGCAGCCUAAUUGUCCACACAGGCAAUAUGGGUCCCUUUGUGUGGUAAUGAUAGAACAUACAAAACUGCACUGAGGCAAACUCACCUAAGGUCUAUGCAUGUGAGCACGCAUUUUAAACUCUGUAGAUUAGUUCCCGUGGCAACCAAUAGGCACAAAAAGGAGAUAACAACUCCAUUUCCUGCCUAAAAGACACAUCAUUACCACUUUGUUGUCUUAGUGAAUUCCAUUUUACUGAGCAGCAGGUGUGAUAUCACUCAUUGAAAUUAUGCAGUCAAUAUCAAGAAUAUGCAACAGAGAAGUAUAUUACUAACUCCACUACUACAUCUACAAAUACAGCAAAUACAAUAAAAUACAUAAUAAAAAAUAUUGAUUCAAAACAAAGUAAAACCAAUAUAUUUCACAUUUAAAAUUAUAUCUAAUGAACAGUCUCUUUACUUAUUUAUUUUAGUAGAUAUUAAAGCAAAUGUAUCUUCAAAAGGGAAUCAAAAAGUGGUCAGGCUAACUUAAUUUUCUAAGGCACAUCUGUUUAGGGGUCCUACAUAAAGGCAUCAUCAUCUGAAAAGUAGUCCUUUGGACCACGAAAAGGCUAGAGUCCAAAAGUAUUCGGGGCUAGGUCCCUGGCAUGUUUUAAAAUUGUUUAGUAAAAUGUUAUGCUGUAACUAAAACUGACAUGGUGUUUUGCCUCAUUGUAGAUCAGUCAGUAGAGGUUUGUGCUGACUCAAGUCUGUUGACAGUUCCGUUUGUCUUAGGCAGCUAUGCAGUGAGGCAAAUGCACAUAUAACAGGUUCCUGAAAUAUUUUAUCUUUUAUAGUUCAGUUUAGUGAAGAUACAAAGGAUCUUCAAAUUGUGGUAACAUGAACUGUCAUAUUUUCUGGGUCAGGUAGGCGAUCAAGUCACAGAAUAUUAAAACAAUCCAAAGAAAACAUAUGCAUAAAAGUUAAAUUCAAUAUUAUGUUUGCUUAUUAUAUGCAUCAAUGGCAACAUGUAGACAGAAAACAGCAGUGGCCCCAGUAUAGAACCAUGGGAAACUCCACUGAGCCAAGGCACCUUUGAUGAACUCAAAAAAAGUCCUAUUUCAAAUAUAUACAUUUAAUAUCAUCCCUAGGAUUCUCAACCACUGUUGCAGACUUUCUGUUAUAAUGAAAUGUCCAACAGAGACAUCUAAAACCUGAGGACUGACCAGUAUCAGCUGUUCACUUCAAAGAAGAUCCAGAGUGUGGCUCUUAUGUGUGGUUUCUGAAGUGUUUGAGACACACACCAUAACAUCUGUUUCUAGUCCACUGUUUCCAACUUUAAAUAUUUUUGGUCUUAAAAUUGUAUUGACCAAAUCUGAAGUUAAUCAGAUUAAUUCUCAAGGGGUUUGUUAAAGCAGAAAACAUGUCAUUUCCUUUUGCCAGUUGGUGGCGCUAUGACCACAACUCAAUAUUGGCACAUACAUGUCUUCGGGCACAACCCCUAUCAAGGAUUAGAAAUUUGGGGCAGACUGGACAAUGUACACUCAAAUUACAUCAGCUUCCUGUUUUAUGGCAAAACACAUAAAAUGGCCGCCACACUACAGCAUUAACAUUUCACAAAAACUCAAAAUAUUACCAAUUUUUCAUUAUCAAGGUAUUGUGAUUGUAACAUCCAAAUCUGAUACACCUUCUAGAAGAAGUACAAAAAAGUUUGCUUAAAAGACACGAAAAACACAUGAAAUACAAGAUGGCCAACUUCUGGUGGGCAAAUUAAAUAAUAAUGAAUUAAUAAUAAAAAAUAUUAAUGACAAAUAUGUCAGAAAUUUUAAGAAAAACGUGCAUUCUAAACUUUGUUAAUAUUAGGGUAACUUUGUCCCAACUGAGGUCUUCCACACUUUAGGAAGUAUUAUGGAGCCUGCUAAACACGCGUGAACACAAUCGCUGUAUAUUUUUUGCAUUGUCACAAAGGUUGAAUAUAACUGGAGGCCACUACAGAGUCGAAGUACCAGACUCAAGCCCAAUUGGACCAACAGAUUGAAAUAAUUACUAGUUUAAAGAUGGGAACAAAGUUUUGUCGGUUUUUGUGCAUCCUAAAUUCUGAAAACAUGUCUGUGAAACAAAAUUUAAAGCAUGAAAUGGCUGAUGGCUGACUUCCUGUCAGAUGAAAAAAAAUCACUAUGCUCCAAAUGAUCCACUCAAAUGUCAUGAAUGUCAAAAGAACAUUAUCCCAACCCUGAUGUGUGUUUUGGGGCAGUUUUGGAGACCACCUGGCCAUACCCAAACCCAAUCACUGCAGAACUUUGCAAUUUUUACCAGUUCUGAAGUGUAUGCCAAUUUAGUGAAUUUCUGAGCAUCCCAAGUCUCUAAAAGAUGUGAUUGCACAGCAUAAUAAUAAUCUCUACAAAACCACAAGUUUUCUUGCACUUUAAAUGCUCUAAAAACCUUUGAACAUCACCUAGGAUGAAGAUACUCGACUUCAUGUUCAGACUGCCAAGGCAUUUUAUCAGCUUCUGCUCAACUGCAGAAUGUAUCUUUUUACAUAACACAGUCUGUGGAUAAAUCAUAUGUUACAGUGUAAUCUGGUCAGGAAGGGAUCACAGCUAGUAUGGAGAUGAUGUGUGACCACAGAAGCCAGUAACUCUUUAUAUGGCAGGUGAGAAUUGUAUUGAAAAAAACAUGAAAAAAAUCGAAACCAUCCUUGAAAAGGUUAAAACCAACAAAUAUAGAAUUAAACAAAUAUAUAAACUAAUUAUCAAGCUGAUAUCAUAUCAUUUCAAAUAUGCUACUGGGUUUACCAGACUGAGGACUGGGACGUACAGCAUUCACUGCAAUGCACCCUCGCUCCUGUAACCAUCCAUCUAAGUGUAUCUUGUAGACAAAGAGAUUACAGCAGAGUACAUCUCUAUGCUGGGAGACAUAUCUCACCUUCUGAGUGCCUGUAUGUGUGUGCGAGGGAGAGACUGUGUGUGUGUGUGUGUGUGUUUCAGUAAUCUCUCUCUCUCCUGGCUGUCACCGCCUGUCGGCCUGCUGCCAUGCUGUAAUACGCGGACUGCUCCUUUAUCUCUUGCAUCACCGUCACCAUCACUGUUAUGAUUUCUCCCUCUCCUGUGUGUGUGUGAUAUUGCAUAACUCAGGCGUGAUAGAUCACCCACUUAGCAACACUAGUGAAAUAUGUGAGCGGUGGAUUUUUAUCAUCCUGGGCGUCAAGAGGAAACUUUACCCUCAGACACACAGACAGUCGGGCUGCACUGCUGCUGCACUAAGUUAACACACAGACAUUUGUUUUUGACACAUGUUGUAACCUGCAAGUCAAGUGGUAGGAUUAAAUAGGAAAAGCCUGCCUCAGCUGUACUGAUACUGAUACUGUACUAAGUCAGACAAGUUUGAUAAAAGGAAACAUGGUGAUGCCAGUUCCACUUAGAGAGAUGCACAACUUUGCCAAUCCUAGGACAGCAAAGGAAUGACCCUCCUUACUCUGUCUUAUUCUGCCUCUGACUGGCUUACCCUGACAUUCUUAACCCUAACCCUCACCAAUCUCACUCCUCUCGCCUAAACCUAACCAAUUCAACCAACAAAGGCAACAAGUGCUUGCCAAUCAUAGGGAGUGUAGGGUGGGUCAUUUCCUUGUUAUACUAGAAUUUGCAAAUUUGCACCAGGUGUAGCAGCUCAAGUUUCUCGGCGUCAGGCAAUAUAGCUUCACAAAGACAACAGCAAAGAUUACAUUAUGCGGUAGAAGGAUACAAUUAUGAUGUUAACUUUUAUGAAUGAGGCAAAAUGACACAAAUUGGAGCUCUGGUCUCAAUAAAAAAGGGAGAAAUGGAGACAGAGAAUGACGAGACUAUGAGGCAAUGUAGCUCGAGCACUGUUGGGUACAUGUCUUCUAUUCCCCUGCUGGGGAUCAGUACAGUAAUGUUGCACUUUCUAUGUAUUUAUUACUGACUACAGACCAUGGUGCUGACCUAACGAUACCCUCUCUUUACUGUGGAAAGUUAGGUUAAGUUAGUUCUUUUUCUUCCUGACACUAACCGCACCUGGUAUUAUGCCAGUGUGAAAGGAUAGCUUUUUCGUCGGUGUCUGACGAUGGAAGUCACUGACCAAAUGGUGAUAUUCGAUGUCUUUCGAGUGAGAACAGGUUGCUUGAACAUCCUCCAAAGAUUGUAUUUGGUCCAAAAACAUAUACACGCUUUUGAUCAAUGCCUUAGCCCCGUUUUAACAUCACAUUUGCAUCCCCAUGGUCACUGCAAUGCACAGAGGGACAUUACCCUUGAUCUUUCCUGACAAAUGAUAAUUCAUAUCAUCUUAUAAAUAUGUCAGCAACCAAGUAAUCUGGCCUUUAACAUUACCACAGGAAUAAAGGAGAAGCAAAUCUGGUUGAAGUUGCUGAUCUGAAAUUCGGCUAACUCUUCCUAAUGUAGCUAAAUGUUAGCUAACUAAUUAGCUAGCUUUUUGUUAAUAUUAGCCACUUUAAGAUGUGACUAUAAAUAGUGUGUGCCAUGAAGAUUGCUACAAUACACUAGCCACAUCUUUAUUGGUUACCAAUAGCCUAUUCAUAACUGCAUUACUUCACAAUAGACAGAUUUUUCACAUCCUGGCAACCCAAAAGUUCCUUCACUGUAAUGUUUGAGCUUCACUGUGCUGAACGUCUGUGCAGAAGUUGUGUCACAUUCAUCAUCUGAAAAAGGAAAGUUUGUCUGAGCUCACUGUAAAUCUCAGUUUUCACACCUGGGCGUACCUGCAGAAUUUAUGUAAUUUUAAGAAUUUAAACGAGUUCAUUGAACUAAUUGAAUUGAAUUCAGACACAUUAUUAUUUAACAUACUUAUUAGUCAAAAUAAUUGGUAUUAGUAAAUUAGUAACUUAUAAACCUUUUAUGAAGGGUGUCUAAUUAAUUACGACACAGUUAUGUUUCAUCAAUCACAGUGACUUGCCCUCAGGGAGUCUCAGUAUGCUUGAAAUAAAGUGCUUGUUGUCAUCUAAGACCACUUAAAAUUGUCUUUCUGAUACAGCCCAACAUUUUUUGUAACUUUCAAGUAGCAGCAAUUAGGUGGUGGCCAUGUGCCAGGAUAAGAACGUCUCUCUCCACUUCUCUUUAUUUAUCACCUUUUCUGUGACAGAAAACACCAAUGCCUUAGAGGAGAGACUGUCUGAAAGUGUUUGCUUUUAUCCCCAUUUGAACGAUUCAUUGCAUUGAGAGAGACCACAGAAACACAAAAGAUGCAGAGUUCAUGGAGAGGCGCUGUGGAGGCAGUCAAAGGAGUCUAUAGCUGCAGCAUUUACAGCCCACCUCUGAUUGUGACAUAGUUUGUUUCAGGCAUAUUGAACGCUUAACUCUACAUGCAGACAUUUGUACCUGACAUUCAUUGCAAAUUUUUAAGGCAAAAUGUUUACGGGUUUCCUUUUUAAAUUAAAAAAAAAUAAAUAAAUAACUUUCUUGGUGUCCAGAUUUGACAUGCCAAGCUGAGCCACUUUGACUUGUGGCUGGAAAGUAGCACUGUGUCCUGCUCCUUUCUUCUGUCUUGUGUUGCAGUGAUGUGGCUGGCCAGUCAGUGCUUACCCCAAAACAAAGCAGGGUGCUGUUUUAAAAUUCAAGUGAAAUUCAGUGACAGUUGAGCACUUGAACUUGUGGUUUUAUGUGCAUUUCAGCUAACAGUCUCUGCACAAAGGCUGCUGUCACUGCUGUUGUUCCAGCUCCCUCAGCAUUGGCAUCUUGUUUAUAAAGAUUUGAAUCCAUCAGAAUUUCAGGUUUCAUUUCAUAAUGUAAAAUACAAUAAAUGUAUGGAAAUAUAAUGAAAAUGCAAUGAAAUUCAUGCUUAACAUGACCAGGUGUUACUAUUGGCCUGCAUAUUAGAAAAUAUAUCUGGAGUCAUAUUAUAUUCAAGGAUCGGAAAUUUGCAUAUUCACAACAUGAAUUAUUUUUGAAUGGGAAGAACACUGGCUCCGGCUAUCACUGAGUGCCUCCAUGAGGAGCUCAAAAAGACUGAAAAAUGCUAACUGCCAGAGAAAAUCAUUCUGGCCAAUUCAAAAAGCCUCACAGUGGAGUAUCAGUAAUGUGACUUUAAAUGUGGGAUUUGCAUUUAAAGGUCUAGUGUAUAAGAUAUGGGAUCCAGUGGCAUCCAGUGGUGAGGAUGGCAGGUUGCAACCAGCUGACACUUCUCCUGGUUAGAAUUCCUCCAGUGUUUAUGCAGGAGGUUUUACAGGGAGCCAAAUUAUCCACAGAGGUCUCUUCCUCUCCAAAACAAACAGGUGAUUAAAAAAGCACUGAAUAAAGCAGUUUAACAUUACAAAUGUGUGUGUUUUUUAUUUAUUUAUUUAUUUUUAUGCUGCUCGUUACAGAUAGGUUUCUAACUAUGGUGGCCGAUGCAAAAACAUGAAAAUGUGAACGCCCCUAUCUGGAAACACACUUUAAUUUGUCUGUUCUUGGCUACUCUUGAAACAUGGCGGUCUUCAAAAAUGAGGACCUGCUCCCUGUGUAGAUAUAAAUGGCUCAUUCU